AUGAGUGUCAACGAUAACACUUCCAAGGACGAUAAGUCCUAUUAUAAUAAAAAUAUCACACUCGAUGGACAAAAUGGUGGUUCUACUGUGCCCAUAAACGGCGAACCCAAGAAGAGCAGUUGGUGGAAACGCAACAAAAAGGGCACCGAAACUCCCACAGAAAGCGAAACAAGUGAAGAGAAUCCCGAUGCCAAACCCAAGGAUGAUGUUGCCCCCGUGGCCUUCUUUAAAAUGUUUAAAUAUGCCACACCGACAAACAAAUUUAUGUAUAUCGUUGGUGUGUUGGCAGCUGUGGCCACGGGUCUAACAACUCCCGCCAACAGUUUGAUUUUUGGUAAUUUGGCAAAUAACAUGAUUGAUUUUGCCGCUGAAUUUGGUCCGCAAAAUAUGAAAUAUACCCGUUCCGAUCCAGCUGAUCAACUUUUGGAAGCCGUCCAGACGUUUGCCUUCGAUAACACGAUGAUUGGUAUUGUCAUGUUGACAUGCAGUUACAUUUCGGUGACCCUCUUCAAUUAUGCCGCCCAUGCGCAAAUUUUACGUAUCCGUGGUAAAUUCUUUAGAUCGAUUCUGCAUCAAGAUAUGUCAUGGUAUGAUGUCAAUCAAAGUGGUGAAGUUGCCAGCCGCAUGAAUGAAGAUUUAUCAAAAAUGGAAGAUGGUCUUGCCGAAAAGGUCGUAAUGUUUGUCCAUUACAUAGUCGCCUUUGUCGGUUCCAUUGUUCUGGCCUUUGUCAAAGGUUGGCAAUUAGCUUUGGUGUGUUUGUGCAGUUUACCCGUUACGUUCAUUGCCAUGGGUCUAGUAGCUGUGGCCACUUCCCGCUUAGCGAAAAAAGAAUUAAAUGUUUAUGCCGCGGCAGGUACCAUUGCCGAGGAGGCGCUCAGCGGUAUACGUACCGUCAAAGCUUUUGAGGGUGAAUCCAAAGAGAUUAAUGCCUACAAAAAAACGAUUGUCGAUGCUCGUAAGCUGAAUAUCAAAAGGAAUUUCUUCUCCGGCAUGGGUUUCGGUUUAUUGUGGUUCUUCAUCUAUGCCUCGUACGCUCUGGCCUUUUGGUAUGGUGUCGGUUUGGUCCUAAAGAACUAUCAUGGUGAUGAAUACUAUAGCAAUUAUGAUCCUGGUACUAUGAUUACGGUCUUCUUCUCGGUUAUGAUGGGCUCCAUGAAUAUCGGCAUGGCUUCUCCAUACAUUGAAGCAUUUGGCAUUGCCAAGGGUGCCUGUGCCAAAAUCUUUAAAUUGAUCGAUCAAAUCCCCACCAUUUACCCAAUUGAACCUCGCGGCAAAAGCCUCAAUCAUCCCUUGGUCCACGUUGAAUUCCGUAACAUCGAUUUCAGUUAUCCCACCCGCAAAACGGUACAAAUUUUAGAUAAAUUUAGCCUGCGUAUUGCUAGAGGCCAGACAGUGGCCCUGGUAGGUUCUUCAGGUUGUGGCAAGUCGACCUGCAUCCAGCUGAUCCAACGUUUCUAUGAUCCCGACAGUGGCAGUGUCCAUUUCAAUGAUGUCGAUCUGAAGGAUUUGAACAUCGAAUGGUUGCGUUCACGCAUUGGUGUUGUCGGCCAAGAGCCCGUGCUCUUCGGUACCACCAUUUAUGAAAAUAUCCGCUAUGGUCGUGAAGAUGCCACCAAGGAACAAAUUGAAGCUGCUGCACGUGCUGCCAAUGCCAUGACAUUUAUUAAUAAACUGCCCGACGGUUUUCAUACCUUGGUGGGAGAACGUGGCGCCCAAUUGUCUGGUGGUCAAAAGCAACGUAUUGCCAUUGCGCGUGCCUUGGUUAGAGAUCCAGAAAUCCUGUUGCUGGAUGAAGCCACCUCUGCCCUGGACACAGCCAGUGAAGCCAAGGUCCAGGCUGCCUUGGAAAAGGCCAGUGUCGGUCGCACCACCAUCAUUGUCGCCCAUCGUCUGUCCACCAUUCGUCGUGCCGAUCGCAUUGUCGUCAUCAACAAGGGUCGCGUCGUCGAAAGUGGUACCCACACCGAAUUGAUGGCCCUGAAACAGCAUUACUAUAAUCUGGUUAUGACCCAAUUGGGUGAAGAUGCCGAUGCCACCACACCCGGUGUAGGACAAAAAGAAUUCCUCCUAAAUGCCAAGGAUGAAGAUGAGGAACAGAUUACCAUUACCAAGGAGGAACCUGAAGAGGUCAAGCUCAUCGAAAACGAGGAGAAAUUCAAUUUGUGGAAAAUUUUGAAAAUGAAUAACGAAGAAUGGCCUCAAAUUUUGUGCGGUUGUGUGUGCUCAAUAAUCAUGGGUGCCGCUAUGCCCUUAUUCGCCGUGCUUUUCGGUUCAAUUUUAGAUGUCUUGGCAGUGAAGGAUGAUGAUGAAUAUGUGCGAAGUGAAACGAAUACCUUCAGUUUGUAUUUCUUGAUUUGUGGAAUUGUUGUUGGUAUUGCCACGUUCUUGCAGAUCUACACCUUUGGCAUUGCUGGUGAACGUUUAACCGAACGCCUGCGUGGCAUGAUGUUUGAGGCUAUGAUGAAAAUGGAAAUAUCCUGGUUUGAUGAUCGAGCAAAUGGUACGGGUAGUUUGUGUGCUCGUUUGUCGGGUGAUGCUGCUGCUGUUCAGGGUGCCACCGGUCAACGUAUUGGCACAAUUGUCCAAUCCCUGUCCACAUUGCUUUUGGGUAUUGGCCUUUCCAUGUACUAUGAAUGGAGUUUGGGUCUAUUGGCAUUGGCCUUUGCUCCCUUCAUUUUGAUUGCCACCUAUUUGCAGCGCAAGGUUAUGGCCCAGGAAAAUAUGGGUACCGCCAAGACCAUGGAGAAAUGUACUAAGCUCGCUGUUGAAGUUGUUUCUAAUAUUCGUACGGUAGCUUCCUUGGGACGCGAGGAAAUGUUCCACAAACAAUAUAUGGAUAUGCUGUAUCCUGCAGUAGAAAAAGCAAAACGUAAUACCCAUUUCCGUGGUUUUGUCUAUGGUCUGGCCCGUUCCUUGAUGUUCUUUGCCUAUGCCGCCUGCAUGUACUACGGCGGUUGGUGUGUCGUCAACAAGGGCAUGAAUUUCAGUAACGUCUUCAAGGUGUCACAGGCUUUGAUUAUGGGUACCGCCUCCAUUGCCGGUGCCUUGGCCUUUGCUCCCAACUUCCAAAAGGGUGUAUCGGCUGCCGAGGCCAUUUACAAAUUGAUAACACGUAAACCGAAAAUUGUCGACCGUCCCGGGGUGUCUAUGCAACCAUGGACCUCAGAUGGCAAUGUGUCAUAUAAUAAUGUUGAGUUUUCCUACCCCACUCGUAAUGAAAUUAAGGUAUUGCGUGGCUUGAGUUUGGCCGUUGAAAAGGGCCAGAAGAUUGCUUUGGUCGGACCAUCGGGUUGUGGUAAAUCGACCUGUAUUCAGCUGCUGCAACGUUUCUAUGAUGUUGAUGAUGGUUCGGUGACUGUGGAUAAUAUCGAUUUGCGUAAUUUAUCGUUGCAUAAUUUGCGCAAACAGUUGGGUAUUGUUUCGCAGGAGCCUAUUCUAUUCGAUCGUUCGAUACGCGACAAUAUUGCCUAUGGUGAUAAUGUGCGCAUGGUAUCGGAUCAGGAGAUUAUUGAGGCGGCCAAGAAGGCGAAUAUUCACAAUUUCAUUGUUGGCUUGCCAAUGGGCUAUGAAACCCGCAUGGGCGAAAAGGGCACCCAAAUGUCUGGUGGCCAAAAACAACGUAUCGCCAUUGCCCGUGCCUUGGUGCGUAAUCCCAAAAUCCUGCUACUCGACGAGGCCACCUCAGCUUUGGAUGCGGAAAGUGAAAAGGUGGUGCAGGAUGCCCUCGAAGUGGCCAGUGCCGGUCGUACCAGUAUCAGUAUUGCUCAUCGCCUCUCAACAAUUGUUGACUGCGAUAUCAUCUUCGUCUUUGAGGAGGGUAAGGUGUGCGAAUAUGGUACCCACAAGCAGUUGCUCGAACAGCGUGGUCUUUACUACACCCUCUACAAACUGCAAACGGGUGCCAUGUAA